AUGAAACAAGAUAGAACUAGCGCAAAACGGGCGCUAACAAAGAAACAUAAUGAAAUAAAACAAUUAAUUCUAGAUCCAAGCAAUGCGUCCGAGAUUAGUAAAAAAAUGUUACACCUCGAAACAGCAAUUGCAAAAUUUAGUAAUGCUCAUAAGUUACUGCGUCAAAACCUACACGACGAGGAUGAUAUACAGGAAUCAAACGACUAUUUUAAUACUGAAAUGGAUCGUAUUACGGAUCUAAAGCAAAAUGUAAACGAAUGCAACGAACGACUUAUCCUUGUAUCAGAUAUACAUGAUGUACGACCGGAAGAUUCCGUGAGCAGCGUUGGACUACGGCAAAAGUCUCACGCUAGAAAUAUUUCGCAGCGUUCAAUGGCUGGUUCCAACAUCUCAGGUGCGUCAACCUCAAGUUCCAUAUCUCUUUCUAAGGCGAAAGCAGCAGCCAAGAAAGCGAGACUCCAAGCACAAGCCGCUUCUUUUCGUAAAAAGCGAUCUUUGCAAGAGGAACAAUUUCAUUUACAAAGAUUGGCCGAAGAACUUGAGUUGGAAACCCAGUUGGCAAUGGCGACUGCAGAAGAAAAUGCCUAUGUUGAGGCAGAGAAAAUGGAAACGACGAUUCUUCAACAAAUGAGUGAUAAACCUACGCGAAUGGGUUCGUCACAAAGAGAAUACGAUGUUCGCAUACAAAGCGAUGCCCGAAAUGUUGUUGAAUCUCCGAACGUGAAUGAAUGUGAAAGAGUGGAUACAUCACCAGAUCAAACCAGUUCUAACGAAGUCAGAAAGAGAAACGCGGACGUUGUUCCUGAUAAAAACCUCGAAGCCACGCGAAAGCAAAGAGAUGACGACAACGCUCAAUUUGAACGUUUUCUACAAACCCAAGAACAAAGCGCUAAUGCUUUGAUGCUACCGAAACCCGAAGUUCCCGUCUUCAGUGGUGAUCCAAUCGACUACCAAACAUUUAUACGAGCGUUUGAGAAUCUCAUCGAAACGAAUACAGAUAGUAAUAGCGCUAGACUCUAUUAUCUUAUUCAGUACACUCAGGGCGACGUGAAAGAGUUGAUGAAAAGUUGCUUAUCUAUGAAAAGUGAAGAAGGUUAUGCAGAAGCACGGCGGCUGUUGAAGCGAAGAUAUGACCAGGAUUACAAAAUCGCUGCAUCGUACGUUGAUCGCGUGACCACCGGCCCAAUGAUAAAGUCCGAAAAUGCUGCAGCUCUUCAACGCUUUUCCAUCCUUUUGACAAGCUGCAAGAACAUGCUCAGAACCAUUGGGUAUUCAAGCAAGCAAGAUAAUCCAGACAGCUUUAGAAAGAUAAUUGAACGUUUGCCUUAUGGUAUGCGAAAGAAUUGGAGAGACGUGGUCGACAAGAUUACUGAGAAGGAGUCACGAGAAAUAACUAUCGACGACAUAGCUGCGUUCGUGGAAGCGAAGGCUCGGGCGUCAUCUCAUCCUAUAUUUGGAAAUCUAUAA